UUACCUAAUACAGUAAAACCUCAUUAAUCCGGACCUCAUUAGUCCGGACUUCGCUUAAUCCGGACAGCUGUCUGAUAACACGAAAAAUGCGAAAUUUAUGCCGUAGACGAAAAUAAACGUAAAAGCGAGUUCCUCCAAUUUCCCAUAAAGUACAUAUAUUCUUAUCUACCGUCAUUAAAGUUAUCAUAAACUAUGUAUCCACAAAACUCACGUUAUCCAUUUGUUUGGAUAUUCAGUUCGCUAGUCGGUCGUCUAAUACGUAUGUUAUAGUGCUUUAUAUUAUAGUCGUUAUUUUUGUAUCACUGUGAUGUCUUUUAGCAAAUCUAGUCAAUGUAAAAAGCGAAAACAUACAUCUCUUUCCCUUAAGGAUAAAUUAUGCGUAUUAGAAAAACUUGAAAAGGGGGCAUCAGUGGCAAGCAUUUGUGCGCAAUAUGGCAUUGCCAAACAAACUGUCUCGGACUUGAGAAAAAAAAAAGAUGAAAUAAGAAAGUUUGUCCUUAAAUUUAAUGUUGAAAAGGAAACAAGCGAUGUAAAAAGAAUGCGGUUGCCUCUUGAUCAGUCACUUGAUGAUGCAGUUUACAAAUGGUUUUGUCAACUCCGUUCAUCUGGAUUGGCUGUCCGUGGAGUUGAAAUUCAAGCUGCAGCAGAGAGGUUAGCCAAAAAUUUGGACAUUAAUAAUUUUAAAGCCAGUUCAGGGUGGCUGUUUAGGUUCAGGAGGCGUCACAACAUGACAAAUAAAAAAAUAUGUGGUGAAAGUCUUAGUGCUGACGAUGAAACUGUCGAGCCAUUUAGGAAAAAAUUAAAUGACAUUUUAAGAGCUGAAAAUAUACUGCCUUCGCAACUCUACAAUUAUGAUGAGACCGGAUUAUUUUGGAGAGCUUUACCAGACUGUACACAAGCAUCCAAAGACGAAAAAAAUACGCCUGGUAGGAAAAUUAGUAAAGAUCGAGUUUCUGCGUUGCUAUGCGCUAAUGCUGAUGGAAGUCACAUAUUGAAACCUGUGAUUGUAGGAAAAAGUAAAAAACCUCGUGCAAUAAAAAAUUUAAACACGUUACCAGUUCACUACUACAACUCGAAAAAUGCAUGGUUUACUAGAGAAAUAACAAUGGAUUGGUUUCAUAAAAAAGCAGUGCCAGAAAUCAGUAGAUACCAAACCGAAGUUUUGAAAAUUCCUGAAAACAAAGUGAAGGCCCUAAUUUUACUUGACAAUUGCCCUGCACAUCCACAAGUUGACCAGCUGACUAGUGAUGAUAAAAAAAUUCGGUGCAUGUUCUUGCCAGCAAACACAACCUCUCUAAUUCAGCCUAUGGAUCAGGGCGUAAUCUACACAGCAAAACGUCUAUACAAAAAGAAGCUUUUACAUGAAAUUUUAGAAGUCGAAGAACCAGCUGCAGGAGAAGAAGAUAAACGAGGGCAAAAGACGUUACAGAAUCUCAAAGACUACAAUAUAAGGUCUAUGAUUUUUAAUUUCGCAUCUGCUAUCAAAGAUAUAAAACCAUCAACUUUUAUUAACUCAUGGAAGAAACUUUUAAUAAAUGAAGAGGUGGAACCAGAUACAGCUGGAUUGGAAACAGAGGACUUUUACAACACUUUCCACCAAGCAGGUGAAAAUUUGACAACACUAGAAGACAUUGAUUUGUGGCUAGAAUCUGAUGAAGACGAUAUGGGCUAUCAAAUUUUAACAGAAGAAGAGAUUGUUGAAAGCUUCAUCGGUGCAGAAAACUCUGAAACGGAUGAAUAUGAACAAGAUGAAGUAGACGAUAGUAUCAAGUCUAAGCCAAAACUUGGUGAAAUUAAAGACCAUCUAAAUGUUGUUCUCAAAUAUGUUGAAGAUAACGACGAUGAAAACAUAUCUGCAUAUUACGAACAUUUAAGGCAUCUACGUGAAUUAUUAAUACGAGAAAUAAAUGCAAAAGGAAGACAACCAAAGAUAAGCAGUUUUUUCAAACCAAUUAAUGAAAGUGUGCCUUAAUAUAUAAUAAUUAUGACUAUGUAUAUGCUUCAUGUUGAUAUUUACAUUUUUUUUAUGUAAUGUUUUUUUUU